GGAGCGCGCGCUCGACCAUAUUUUCCUCUGGCCGGCCUGGUGGGAAGAUGUCCUCUCUGAGCCUUUAGUCACUCCUUUAUUUGCACGGCUCUUACUGGUCUUCUUUCCUCUUGGAAGGGAAAACGUCUCUCCUUAGCCGAUAUAACGAUUAUUGCAGUUGUUUUAACGAAGGCUCAACGUGAAAUUUGGUUUGAUAUUUUACCCAUAUUUGAUGCACUGUAGGUGGAAAGAAGCUGGGCAACAAAAUUCGCGGCCUGACUGUUUCGCGACAUCAUCCAUCUUCCAAAAAAGACACUCCCUUAUUCUGUGAUUUUCAACAUGAUUAUCGCAUCUCGACGAAAUUUGCAUGACAUGAGUAUGCGCAGGGCACCGGCUACCUUAUCCAGUGGCAGCCUGCGGGUUCCAUUACUCGACUCUCCGCUACCGUCUCCAAGUCUUCCCGCCGCCGUACCUCGACAGGGUAAAAAACCAUUGCCAAGAUGGUUGAUACGGCUCCGGAGGCUUGCUCUCUGGAUAGGGUGCUUGGUUGGGAUAUUCUUCUGCAUACAAUCUACCCCUUGGUUCGCUCAUCUUGACCCAGUCGCGCCUGUAGGAACUACCGGAAGCUAUGAGAUUGUCGAAAGUGAAACAUUGCCAGAAGUAGCUGGACCAAUUCUAGUGGACGACGAGCGUGGAAGGGCAAGGUGGACUAUUUCCUUGCCAGAGAACCUCGAUUACCCUCUCCCCCCUACAGAAUAUUCGAAAAUAUGCAAGGACGCCGAGGCAAUGGCACUCCAUCUAGCCGAUGGAAAAGAAUAUAGUGGAUAUUACCACGUAGAUAAGAAUUACAUCGACAUUGACGAGGCGAAGCGGCGAGAUAUCAUCCCAUCAAAACUCAAUGGACGGACCCCCAGGAACGUUGCAGAUAACGUUGUUGGUGGAGAGAAAUAUCUCAAGAUGCGAGAUACCAUGCCUGUCUGUAAGAAGAGCUUGACAUUCGUGAUGCAGACGGAAGAUGCAGGUCUGGGAGCUACCUUGAUGGGUCUAUGGAUGAGCUACGGCCUGGCAAAGAAGGAAGGACGUUCAUUUUUCAUCGAUGACAAGAAAUGGUCUUACGGUCGAUAUACCAAUUAUUUCAAGCAACCUCCGUUGCCAGACUGCCAGCCUCCCCCAGUUUCGCAUAGAACCCCAUUCCCUCACCACGCACGCCAUCUUCUCGUAUCAUCGGCCACUACUCAGUGGACUUUCGGAACCAAAUUCAACGAGCGGUUUGAGAGCUCACGAAAAAUGGGCGCGGACCGGCAAAAGGAGAUGUUCAAAUUCCUUCGCGCGGGAUACGAAGCACUCUUCCAUAUCGACAGCGAUGGUGCAAAGUACAUCGAGCAACGAAUGGCUGAGAUACGAAGCUCUAUUCCAAAGGGCGGUGGCCCCCUGAUCAGCAUCCAUGUCCGCCGUGGUGACCGUCAUCCAUUCGAGUUCCAGUAUGAGAAGUCUUACAUCCCGCUUGAUAUAUAUGUUGAUGCGGCAAAAGAACUCGUCACCUCCUUUUACAACCAGAGGUCUAUAUUCUCCUACAACAUCAACGGCAGUAGUAGCAAGAAGGCUUCUGAAGCCCAGUACAGAGCUACAUCCAGCAUGAUUCUCGCCUCUGAUGACCCCGAGACUUAUUCUUCUCCUGAGAUGAAAGGCAUCGUCAAGGCACAGUCAAACCUUGUGUCAAGUGGUGACGGACCUCUGGACGGCUUCCGAGACGUUCCUGAGGAACCCAGCGGUAAAUCCGCUAAAAUCGUUGCUAAGAAGCCCCAAAAGGACCCCAAAAUUGACUGGGACGGUGGCUUUUUCAACAGCAUUUUCUGGUCUCUUGGGGAUACCUCGCUUAUCCCUUCGGCGGAAGGCAGCCCUUCCGCGUCUCAGGGGACGUCUUCCGUAUUCCCCCCACAUCGCGUUGUCCGCGAAUCGGAAUACGAGAGACUUCAUUUCAACCCAUCUCCCGAGGCUCUUCGGUUGCGCGAGCUUGUUGCUAAAACAUACCUUACCGACCUAUCACUUCUUGCUGAGGGAGAUGGUGUUGUUUGUGCUGUGAGUAGCACUACAUGCCGGCUAUUAGCCGUCAUGCUGGGAUGGAAUAAGGCAAUUGCCCAUGGAGCUUGGAAGAACGUUGAUGGGAAGAUAGACUGGAUGGGAAUUGUUUGAUCAACGGGUCAUGCCCUUCUUAUAUUCCUCUAAGUAACUGAAUACACGGCUAACGGUCUGUUCUGGAAGCAAUUCCUGGCGUUUUGUCUUUAUUUUUGGUUGGGCUAUUUCCACUGAGCGCUUGCAGCGACUUUUGAACUCAUCUUGUUUUCUUCAAUCGUUCACAUUUUUUCUUCUAUUGUUAUUUUCUUUUUCUCCUCUUUUUUUGUUUUAAAGCAACAUGAUACCCUACAUAUCAGAUGUCUGUCACCCACAUAUGUUGCUGGCCACAAAUUCAUAGAAUAUUUUAUUUCUGGGUUUCACAGGCGACAACACACGGUUUGUGUGCCGUACCUGGAAUGAGUAUAUCAUUUCCCGGCGGAUAUUGAUAGCCGGAAUGCAGUAUUACGAUCUACCCCCGCUAUGAUACUGCCGUGAAACACAUAGACAGUGAAGUAGAUGAAUCAGGAAUACAUAGGCUUCCGACAGGUUCAAGUCCGAGUUGUUAUCAUUUUCUUUGCAUGGGUGUAGUGGCACGAUUAUUAUUUUUAUCAUAGUAAUGAUUAAAAGUAGUAAAAAUGUGGUUGUGCACUGAUGUUUAACUACCAAUUGAACGCCAACGGCUCCCUUCCCCAAAGAAAAGAGAAUAAAAGGCUGAGAUAUG